UUUUUUUUUCUUUCUUAUUAUUAUUACUUACUCUUGGAAUGGCAACACUUACAGCAUACGAGGAACAACGUUUGAAAAAUAUUGAACGUAAUCGACAAUUAUUAGCAGACUUUGAUAUCAACAAGGCUCGCGAUGAUUUACUUGAAAUACCAACUACACCAAUGCCAUCAGCAGUCAAAAUAAAAAAGGAUACUAAAACAAGAACACCUAUUGCCAAGAGGAAAAAACCUGUAGUACAACGACCACAACGAAAAUCAUCACGACUUCGAGGUAUUGAAGCCCCAGCUAUUGAAUUGAAUGCGGAUGAUCAAAUUGAAACAACAUCAAAUGAUGAUCAACAGCAGGCUCUGGAUGAAAAUACUACUGAUUCAAUUGAUGAAUUCUGGGAUGGGAAACUUAUCAAGCCUGACGACUAUUUUGAUCAAGCAACUCGCGAAAAGGCUAUACGAACUAAUGGUCGAUUUACAGGAUGGGUCAACCCAGAAUUGAUUCAAAAAUAUCAAUUUGAACUUUCAGCACAAGAAGCUUGGGAAAAGAAUGGCGGUGGAAAAUUCUCAUACAAGGAUCCUCUUGGUACUGGUACGAAACGGAAACCUGCAAGGAACAGUGCGAGGGCCAUUGCACAAAUGAUGUUCAAGAAAAAUCCAAACAUGUACUUUUACAGACAUAAUGAGCCUGGUGUGGAACAAUGGACCGGUGAUUGGACAGAAGAAGAAAAGGAUUUAUUUAUGAAAAUUGCUCGAGAACAUGGAUGUGGAGAUAAGUGGGGUCUGUUUGCAAGUUAUAUUCCUCACCGUGUUGGAUACCAAUGCAGCAAUUAUUAUCGAAGUGUUAUUUUACCCACUGGUAUGGUAUUUGAUGACAACUACGAGUAUACCCCGUCUGGAAAACCAUUCUAUGUUGGAUCCCAUCGACCAAGAUCUUCAUGAAAGAAAGAAUGAUGGUGAUGAUACAGGCGCAUAAUACAAGGAACUACAACAAAAGGCAGGCUACAUUAGUCUUCCUUAACAUAUCCAGAAUGAUUAGUCUCUCC